CUAGAGGAAGCGUGCGGCUCCGAGGCUCUAUCCGCCUUGGGGCGCGCCCCAAUGUCAGUCGCGGGCCGGGGUGCAGGCCGUGGGCCGCCACUGCCCUAGCCGCGCCGACGGGGAGGUGGCCUCUUAUAUGGAAUUUGGACCCCGGCGCUCCCCACCAGGGCUGGUGCCCCGGCCGCGGCUCUGGCGCAGCCCGCCGCCUCCCGCUAGGCGCUCGGGAAGAGGAGGAGACGCCGCCGGCUGCGCGCGCGGCGUGAGGACCGAGGCUCCCUGCUAUAGGGGGCGGACGCACGGGAGGCGCUGGUGACCGAGCGGCUGUCGGGGCCGGAGCCUGGGACUCGGUGGACCUACAACUGCACCCGACGGGCCCCCAGGGUUGGGGCUUGGAGGAGUCCUGCCCGGGCGCCCUGCCCGCAGCCACCAUGGCGGAGAAUUGGAAGAACUGUUUCGAGGAAGAGCUCAUCUGCCCCAUCUGCCUGCACGUCUUCGUGGAGCCCGUGCAGCUGCCGUGCAAACACAACUUCUGCCGGGGCUGCAUCGGCGAGGCGUGGGCCAAGGACAGCGGGCUGGUGCGCUGCCCGGAGUGCAACCAGGCCUACAACCAGAAGCCGGGCUUGGAGAAGAACCUGAAGCUCACCAACAUCGUGGAGAAGUUCAACGCCCUGCACGUGGAGAAGCCGCCGGCGGCGCUGCACUGCGUGUUCUGCCGCCGCGGCCCCCCGCUGCCCGCGCAGAAGGUCUGCCUGCGCUGCGAGGCGCCCUGCUGCCAGUCCCACGUGCAGACGCACCUGCAGCAGCCCUCCACCGCCCGCGGGCACCUCCUGGUGGAGGCGGACGACGUGCGGGCCUGGAGCUGCCCGCAGCACAACGCCUACCGCCUCUACCACUGCGAGGCCGAGCAGGUGGCGGUGUGCCAGUACUGCUGCUACUACAGUGGCGCUCAUCAGGGACACUCGGUGUGCGACGUGGAGAUCCGGAGGAAUGAGAUCCGGAAGAUGCUGAUGAAGCAGCAGGACCGGCUGGAGGAGAGGGAGCAGGAUAUUGAGGACCAGCUGUACAAACUGGAGUCCGACAAGCGCCUGGUGGAGGAGAAGGUGAGCCAGCUGAAGGAGGAGGUGCGGCUGCAGUACGAGAAGCUGCACCAGCUGCUGGACGAAGACCUGCGGCAGACCGUGGAGGUCCUGGACAAGGCCCAGGCCAAGUUCUGCAGCGAGAACGCAGCGCAGGCGCUGCACCUCGGCGAGCGCAUGCAGGAAGCCAAGAAGCUGCUGGGCUCCAUGCAGAUGCUCUUCGACAAGACAGAGGACGUCAGCUUCAUGAAGAACACCAAGUCUGUGAAGAUCCUAAUGGACAGGACCCAGACCUGCACGGGCAGCAGCCUUUCUCCCCCUAAGAUCGGCCACCUGAACUCAAAGCUCUUCUUGAACGAGGUAGCCAAGAAGGAGAAGCAGCUACGGAAGAUGCUAGAAGGCCCCUUCAGCACACCGGUCCCCUUCUUGCAGAGCGUCCCCCUGUACCCGUGUGGCGUGAGCAGCUCUGGGGCGGAAAAGCGCAAGCACUCCACGGCCUUCCCUGAGGCCAGCUUCCUAGAGACGUCUUCGGGCCCUGUGGGCGGCCAGUACGGGGCGGCGGGCACAGCCAGCGGCGAGGGCCAGUCUGGGCAGCCCCUGGGGCCAUGCAGCUCCACACAGCACUUGGUGGCCCUGCCAGGUGGUGCCCAACCAGUACACUCGAGUCCUGUGUUUCCCCCGUCGCAGUACCCCAACGGCUCUGCUGCCCAGCAGUCCAUGCUCCCCCAGUAUGGCGGCCGCAAGAUUCUCGUCUGCUCUGUGGACAACUGUUACUGCUCUUCCGUGGCCAACCAUGGCAGCCACCAGCCCUACCCCCGCUCCGGUCACUUCCCCUGGACAGUGCCCUCUCAAGAGUAUUCACACCCGCUCCCGCCCACACCCUCAGUCCCCCAGUCCCUCCCUGGCCUGGCAGUCAGAGACUGGCUGGAUGCCUCCCAGCAGCCGGGCCACCAGGAUUUCUACAGGGUGUAUGGGCAGCCGUCCACCAAACACUAUGUGACGAGCUAACGCCACGCGGGCAGCAGGACACUGGGGAAUCUUCCCCCCCAGCUCCUGGUGGCUCGGGAAUUAUGCAUUCAGAGACGGACCUUCCUCCCUUUCCUCUCCUCCAUUCCCAUCUGUCUUUCCUUUAGGAUUUGGUUUUGUUUUUUGUUUGUUUUUAAAUCUUCUGGACGUGGAGGUGACAGUGGGAGCGGGGCUGGGGCCACAGAUGGCCCUUGGAGUGGGGAGGUGUCUGUCUCAAGGCACUGAGCUCUCUGUCUCUCCUCCCCCCCUCUCCUUUUUUCUUCUAUUCUGCCCCCUUCACACCCCCCAGGGCUGGAAGGCACCUCAGCUUCCCCUAGGAGGAAGGGCCGGUGCCCCCUGGCCUGUGGCCUGUUUGCUCCUGGCAGUUUUCCAGUGGGGCCCGGGUGAACACUGAUUAAGGGAUGACCUGUAGAGGGUGGAGCCUUUAUUAUUUUUUUCCCCCCAAACCAAGAAUGAUUUCUUCUGCUUCCUUCUCACCGCCCUCCCAGAAUGGAGUUCAAAGGCCACUUCUCACACAGCUUUUGGCAUCUUUAGCCUCAGAAUGGAAUCUUUUAAAGAUAGGAGCCCCAGGGCCAGGAAAGGGGAAAAGCAAAAGCAAAUAAUAAUAAUAUUAAUAAUAAUAAAGAUAAAUAAAUGAAAUAAUAAUUUAAAAAAAAGAAACAACAGUAUAGCCCUUGAUGAGGUCAGCGGAGCCGGGGGAGGGCUGCCCCCCCCAACCCACCCCUGGUCCUUGCCUGCGUUUGGACACAACAACUUCCUGUAGCAGUAAGCACGCUGUAUGAGCCGUGGACUUCCUGUUCCCAGGGCGCAGGUAUUAUUUUGUAAUCUCCAAUGCACACACCAAAACCCAACCUUCUAAUAAACACGACGGCGCAGUCCCCA